CAGGGCCGGGCACCGGGGAUGCAGCUCCCAGCUUUGUCCAGUUCAACCCAGUAUGGAGCUAACUGACCUUCUCCCUGUGCUGGCCUGGCUGCAGAUCCUCCCCCGGCUGGUGUCGUCCGAGGGGACCGAGGGAUCCGGUUCAUCCCCUGCUUCCCAGCUGCCCACCCUGAUCCCGGCUCCCCCGGCCCCCGGCCUGUCUCUGAGCCCCCCGAGUCCAGUGAGGGGGCAGCAGGUCCACCUGACGUGCUCUGCUCCGAGGGGCUCCGGGGCCGUGGAAUUCAUUUUGUAUGAGCAGAGGAGUGGGCGCUGGGAGAGGCUGGAGUCCCAAAGAAGUGGGAUCUGGAGGAUCAGCCCAGAGAACAGUGAACUCAGCCGGACUUUCACCUGCUCCUAUCGGGUCCAGAGCAGCUCCCCAAGACAGCCCCACUCCCAGUCUCUGCAGAGUGAUGCAGUGACCUUGGUCCUGACAGAGCCCCUGCCGGCCCCUGCGCUCUCUCUGAGCCCUCAGCACCCUGUGUAUGUGCGGGGAGAGCGGGUGACCCUGGAGUGUUGGGCUCCCAGGGGCCAGGAGGUGGCUGGAUACAGGUUCUACAAGAGACACCGAGGCCAGGCCCCCGAGGAGCUGCCUGCUGGGGCCAUGGGGCCCUUGGAGAUGCUCACAGUGGAGAUGGGAGAUCCCAGUGAAUACAGCUGUGCCUAUUGGAUCCUGCGAGCCAGCCGGGAGAUCCCUUCCAGGGAGAGCCCCCCCGUGCCCAUCGCUGUGAUCGAUCCCCCUCCCCAGCCAGCACUGAGUGUGGAUCCCCCGUCUGGAGUGGUGAGCGAAGGGCUCCCCCUGCUCAUCACCUGCAUGGCCCCUGGGGACACCAGCGAGAGGAGGUUUCACUUCUACAAGGACGGAGCUGAGAUCGUCCCUGGGGACACAGGGUCUGAGAUCAGCACCACAGAGCCCAGCACCAGCUCUAUGACAGUCUCUGUGCUCAGCGUCCUGCGAGCAGGUCCCAGCAACACCGGGCAAUUCAGCUGUGGGUACGAGGUGAACAUGAGCGGCAGGUGGAUCCCAUCCCCCAGGAGCCAGGCUGUGAACAUCACCGUGACAGCCUGGUCUCUGCCCGUCCCCCUGGUGGCUGGGUGCGGUGGGGCUGCCACGGCUCUGGCUCUGCUGCUGCUGCUCAUCCCCCUCUGCAGGAAGAAGACGGCAGCUAGCCGCCGGCUCUCCAUGUAAGUUCCUCUGGGUCCCCAGGCCCCGCCAUGGGGCCGGGAGCCAUUUGUCC